UAUAAAGCCAAAACAAUAAAACAAGCAGUUGAUAGAAUUAAUAGAUAUAUUAAUAAAAAUGAAGCAAUUCAUGGCUUUAAUUUACAUAACAAAUAUCAGUUUUCUGAUUUGUAUGAUAUUUUAAAUAGUAAAAUAAAAGAUCUUCAAGAAAAAAGGUUAGGAAUUCAAGGUAGUGAUGCAUAUCAAAUAAGAUUACUAUCUGAUUCACUUGGCACUUUUGGUCUUCAAGAUAAUAGUAUUUGGUAUUCUAAAACUUAUUGCAAUUUAAAUAAAGUAGAAAAUUUUAUGAGAGAUAUUGAACAAAAAGUAAAAGUAAAACUUCCAGAUAGAAUUUUAACAAACUAUUUUAGAAGGAAAACUGCAGCUCAGAUACUUCAGAAUGCAAAUAUACUAGAAGAUACUAUUAUAGAUAUUAUAAGACACAAAAGUUCAUAA